ACUCACACACACACAGUCUCACAUGUACGCACACAGCCACACUCAUUGAAAAAGUCGGAGAAUUGUGUGGGAAAAAAAAUCGUGUAUAACUAACAACGAAACGCGCAAAUUGUGCAAAUGCAGAUGCCUAGUGCUAAAGGCAAAGUGUAUGCUUGAUUAUUUUGGGUGCGUUGGCAGUUUGGGGGGCUGGAAAUAAACAUACAUGUCGUUGUAACGCGAAACGCGCAGUGUGUGUGUGUGUGUGAAGAGUGAAACCUACAACUUUACUCCCCAAACCAAAAGGCAACAACAAGAGUAACAACAACAACAACAAGAGUAGCAGGCAGGCAGCACCAUUAGCAGCAGCAGCAGUGUUGAGAGAAAAGAUGGCGACGAGUCGCACCAGUCGCAUACAAUCACAACCAAAAAUUUUUCCGUCAAUCUUUUCGAAAUUACAUGGAGCCAUCUCGGAGGCAUGCGUAUCACAGCGUCUGUCGACGGACAAGAAAACGCUGGAGAAGACGUGGAAACUGAUGGACAAGGUGGUCAAAUUAUGUCAACAGCCCAAAAUGAAUCUAAAAAACAGUCCACCCUUCAUACUGGAUAUACUGCCGGACACGUAUCAAAGAUUACGUUUGAUUUAUUCAAAAAACGAAGAUCAAAUGCAUUUGCUGCAUGCAAACGAGCACUUUAAUGUGUUCAUUAAUAAUCUAAUGCGUAAAUGCAAGCAGGCCAUAAAGCUCUUCAAGGAGGGCAAAGAGAAAAUGUUCGAUGAGAACUCGCAUUAUCGUCGCAAUCUGACCAAACUGAGUUUGGUCUUCUCUCACAUGCUCAGCGAGCUUAAAGCUAUCUUUCCCAACGGUGUCUUUGCUGGCGAUCAAUUUCGAAUCACCAAAGCGGAUGCAGCUGACUUUUGGAAGAGCAAUUUUGGCAACAGUACACUGGUGCCUUGGAAGAUAUUUCGACAGGAGUUAAAUAAAGUGCAUCCGAUAUCGUCGGGAUUGGAGGCGAUGGCACUCAAAACGACUAUCGAUUUGACGUGCAACGAUUAUAUAUCGAAUUUUGAAUUCGAUGUAUUCACACGUCUAUUUCAGCCUUGGGUAACACUGCUACGCAACUGGCAGAUCCUGGCUGUCACCCAUCCCGGCUAUGUGGCCUUUCUCACCUACGACGAGGUGAAAGCGCGUCUACAACGCUACAUACACAAGGCGGGCAGCUACGUCUUCCGUCUCUCCUGCACCCGACUGGGCCAAUGGGCCAUUGGAUAUGUAACGGCCGAUGGCGAAAUACUACAGACAAUACCCCAAAACAAGUCGCUGUGUCAGGCGCUGCUCGACGGGCAUCGCGAGGGCUUUUACUUAUAUCCCGAUGGUCAGGCCUAUAAUCCGGAUCUAUCGUCUGCCGUGCAAAGUCCAACCGAGGAUCACAUCACUGUCACACAAGAGCAAUACGAGCUGUACUGUGAAAUGGGCAGCACCUUUCAGUUAUGCAAAAUCUGCGCAGAGAAUGAUAAGGAUAUACGCAUAGAGCCCUGUGGACAUUUGCUUUGCACGCCCUGUCUCACCGCCUGGCAGGUGGACUCGGAGGGACAGGGUUGUCCGUUUUGUCGUGCCGAAAUCAAAGGCACCGAGCAGAUCGUUGUAGAUGCUUUUGAUCCCCGCAAGCAACACAAUCGCAAUGCAACGAAUGGACGACAUCAGCAGCAGGACGAUGAUGAUACAGAGGAUAUGGGCGACUUCAAUAUUGCCACAUCAUCGUUGCAUGCGCUCAGCACAUCGGCGGCAUCACAAUCCUCCAUGGAGAAGCACAGUCCGCACACCUCGCCCCGUUUGGGCAGACGCAGCACCACGCCCAGUUUGAUGGCCGUACAAAAUGAUCUGUAUGCUGGCGGAUCGCCAGCUUUCAGCCUGCCCAGCAGCAGCAGCAACAGCAGUGGCAGCAGCAGCAACUCCUCGUCAGCAAUCUCCACACAGCAGCAGCAGCAGCAGCAACAACAGCAACAGUUGCCACAACCCUCAGCACCGCCAGCAGCAGCUGUGAUCAGCAAUGGUUCUGGCAAUGGCAGCGUUAUUAAUACAACUGGCAACAACUCCACGCAGAAGACCACAAAUCGCAUGAGUGCACCAUUGAUUGGCUCCAGUGUGAUCAACUCCACCUAUGGCCAAAAGUUGCCUAGCAAAACGGACAUCGGUGGUGGUAGUGGUGGUAGUGGUGGCUCCGGCGACACAGCCUCGAUUAGCUCCUAUGCCAUACUACAAAAUCUGCAGGAUGCCGUCUCCAGUUGCAGUUCCAGCUCAACAGUUGUUGCAACAACUGCAGUUGCAUCAGCUGCAGUGGCGCCUCCGUUGCCGCCACGCAAAUCACCUGGCGUGGAGACGCCCGUCAAGCCGUCAAAUGGCACACCCUCGAGCAGCAAGAGCAUUGACAACAUCCAAUGCAGUCUGGACAAUGUGCCGCCACAGACAACAGCGCCGCCCAUUCCGCCGCAUGUGAGCAACAGCGUGGACACGUUGGCUGAGGAUUUGAUGCGACAGCAGCGCAUCUCGAGCAGCACCACAUCGCCGGUGUUGUCGCUGCUGGACGAGAUGGUAGAGGUGGGUCCGGCGGAGACCAUCAGUGGUGUGAUUGACACACGUCCGCUGGAGGCGCGUGGCACGCUGCCCAAGACCAGCGUUAAUAGCAACAGUGGCUGCAGUGGCUCAUCCCAGGAUGCGGCAAGCUCCCACUACACGCAACUGUGCACCACAACAACUAGUGCUGCGGCCCUGGCGGCAGCUGCUGUGUUGGCCAACGGCAAGAAGGCAACGUUGAAGCAGCCAACGCCAGCACAGCAGCUGGCCAAUCCUGUCCAGCAUCAGCCGCUGCUCUAUGCGAACGUAACCAUCAAUCAAAAAGACUGCGGCUCUGUGCCCUACGAGAAUAUCAAUCUGGAGUAUAUCGCGAGAUUGAUGAACGCUGGCUACUCCAAGGAGAAUGCCAUCACAGCGCUGGGAAUCUCGCGAAACAACAUUGAAAUGGCUGGCGAUAUUUUGCGCGAAUUUGUCUCCAAGAAUAGCGCCUAAAGUGCCAGCAGAAUUGUGUGAUUCCCCCUGGAGGAGCAGCGAUAGAAUGAUAAUGAUGAUGAUCCCAAACAAAGCAAAAAGGCAUAUGAUAAAUCAUAAGCAUUAUUUUUGAAACUCUCAUUACGCUCUCUCUAAGCAGCCCCAACUUCCCUUCUCUACCCAUCUAACUAUAUAUAAAUAUAUUUCUUAAUCUCGCUUUAGGAGCACCCAUACUUCAUAUAGAGUUACGCUAACACACACCCCACACCCGCACAACCACACCACAUCCUUGGCGUAGCCAGCACAAGCAAUUAGGCGUAAUAAAUCUUUCGCUCUCUUAAAAAAAAACCAAAAAUAAAAACCAUUUAAUUUAAUAAUAAAUUAAAAAAAAAACAUGAAAAACCAAAAAAUGUAAAGUGCAAGUCGUCAAGUUUACACACUCUUAAAAGAAACGAAAAAUUAAGCACAACCCAUUUAAUAUCAAAUAUAGCUAUAUAUACAGUUAUCUUAAGACGUAUCUACUUCUUCCUAUUAAGAAAAUAAAAUUAAAAAAUAAUUACAAAUAAAUACAAAAAAAAAAACAAACCUCAUAUAUACGCAGUUCGAUCGAAAUCGAAAGUAAAAUUUGCCCAGUCCCCACCAAAUAAAAGAGGAAUAAAUCAAAUAAUGCUCUUCUUUCGUAAUAAAAGACAAAACCCAUUCAUAAAUACACAUUCACUUACAGUCAGACGUCGAUAACAUAAAACAGAAUAUUAAGAAAUCAAUUUUAAUUGGUGCAUCGGCAAAUAAUAAAUAAAAUCCAUCAAAAUAUUCAUCCAAACAUAUUGAAUAAAAUGCCUUUAAUGCUGUCCAGCGUCAAAACUGAGUUUCCUUAUCCGUAAUAUCCCCCAAGUAAUACAAAAUAAAAAUCAAAACCAAGAACAAUGAACACCAAAUCCGAUGCACUAUCAAAGUUUACCUCGAUUUUUUAUACAAAACUCACUUUUUUGUAAUAUUUGUAAGUUUAUGCAAGUUAAAUACCGUACCGAGUAUUCGUUUAAAUAAAAAAUAAAUUGCAAAAAUAAAAUAUAUCUCGAAGAAAAAAACCAACAAAAAGUAAAGAAAAACAAGUUUAUAUUAUGAUGAUACCCUUUUUACAGAAUUUAUAUAAUGCAAAUAAUCGGUUUUUAAUUCGUCGAAAACAUUCUUAACCCUACACGCAACUUUUGACAUCUACUAGUACGAGUAUCUACUACAAAACUAAGCUAUAUAUUAUGGUAUUAUAUAAUGUAUACAUAGGCGAUAUAAUCAUGCGUAACGAAAGCAAAAGCAUUAAUAAAAAAAAAAAACAAACAAAGAAAAACAAUGAUAUAUCAAUGCAAUAUUCACUAUAAACAAAUCAAUGCAAGCGUAAACUUCUAAGUAAAUUAUAAUUACAUAACCUCAAGCGAAACAAA